AUUUUUCUGUUUUAUUAAAUUAUAAAAAAUGUUAAACACUGUUAAAAUAAAUAUUGUAUUUAUAAUAUUAUUGAUCUUAUGUUUGAUACAUAAGCAAAAUGCCUUUGAUAUGAGUAGCAGUGAUGAUGGUGACGGUGCAGUCACGUUGAGUCCAUUUUAUAGUUCACAAAUUGAGAUACGGUGCAGUGCCGGGGUUUCAAACCGAGUAAUUGGCGGCAAAUCGGCGCAACGUCAUACGUUCCCGUGGUUGGCCGCUAUUAUUUAUGGUGACGACUAUUUGCCGAGUUGUGGCGGAUCAUUGCUAAAUCAUCAAUACAUUGUGACGGCUGCACAUUGUGUUGACUUUCUAAAAGGUCCCAAUGAAAUCAAAGUUGUGUUGGGAGCGCAUGAGUUCAAAAAUGAUCCAGGUUAUGUUGAACCUAAUACCACCACUUACCCGGUCGAGUCCAUACAUAUGCAUUCCGAUUGGAGUAAACGUACGAUGAAAAAUGAUAUUGCUAUUUUGAAAUUAAAGACACGGAUACCUAAAUUUACUAAACAUGUCGUCCCAAUAUGUAUUCCGUGGACCGAUGAUAAGUUUGUCGGCGAAAUGGCCACAAUUGCCGGUUGGGGAGACACUAAGGUUGGCGGAAAUAGAAGUGAAAUUUUACAGGAAGUCAGUGUCAAGAUUUGGGAUAAUAAGGAUUGUGGUAAUGUAUAUAAGACUAGACCGGGUAUUACGUCGAGUAUGCUGUGCGCCGGUGAAGCACAGGGAGGACGCGACGCCUGUCAAAAUGAUUCGGGCGGUCCACUCAUGAUUAACAUCGGUAAAACUAAAUGGACACUAAUUGGUAUAGUUUCGUGGGGUUAUGAAUGUGGACGACCCGGUAUGCCUGGUGUUUAUACACGGGUCAGUGAUUAUACCGAUUGGAUUAAAGAAAAUAUUAAAUAAAUAUUAUAAUUAAUCUUAAAUAUUAUUUUAAU